AUGUUAGGUUUAGAUGCUGCUGGUAAAACAACUAUCUUAUAUAAAUUAAAACUUAAUCAAUCUGUGACGACGAUUCCCACUGUUGGUUUUAAUGUUGAAACAGUAACAUAUAAAAAUGUUAAAUUCAACGUUUGGGAUGUUGGUGGACAAGAUAAAAUUCGUCCACUUUGGCGCCAUUACUAUACAGGUACUCAAGGACUUAUAUUCGUAAUUGAUUCACAGGAUCGUGACAGAAUAGAUGAGGCACGUCAGGAAUUGCAUAGAAUUAUUUCAGAUCGUGAAAUGAGAGACUGUUUACUAUUAAUAUUUGCCAAUAAACAAGAUUUACCAGGCGCAAUGUCUCCUGCAGAAGUCACCGAAAAACUUAAUCUACAUCAUAUGCGCGAUCGGGCUUGGUACGUUCAUCCCUCUUGCGCUACUACAGGAGAAGGGUUAUUUGAAG